AUGAAAUUUUCAUUCUUGAAACAUAAUUUAACUGAGCUUAUAGGAAAGGUAGAACAAUUAGAUUCUCCAAGCUCUAUAAUAAAGAAAUUCGGACCAUUCCUUAUGUCUAGUUUAUUUAAUCAAAAACUAUAAGAAAGCCAAGAAGUCAUUAAUUAUAUGGAGAAAAACAUUGAUAAAAGUAUAUUCAUUCGAAAUAUUACACAUGAUCCUCAUGCUAAAAAUUGGAGAAUUAACUAUAGAAAAUCGAUUGAAAGUUUAGCAUGUUCAAUCAUAGUUGAUAAUCAAAAUAUCAUUGAUAAGCAUUACGCGACAACAAUAAAAGAAGAAUAAAUUACUUUAGCAGAAGCUCUACCUUUAGUAUAUACUUUGGUUAUUUAAAAAUUAAAAAAUUGGAAUGUCACAAAUGAAUAAGAUGUUUUAUAAAGAUUAAAUCAAUUACUUGUUACAUAAAAACAGGAGCAACAAUAAAAAAUGAAUAUUAACAUUCUUUAUCAAAAAUAUUUCCUAUCUGAUCUUGGAUUAUAUUAUCCAGAGUUGUUAACUUAUUCAUAAGGUAGGAUCUUUUGUACAGAAUUGCCAUUAGAUUAUUUUAUUGGAGAGUUAAAUAUUGAGUACAAGGAUUUUUUUAUAGAAAACAACAAUUUAGUUGAUUUAAAAAUUGGUGAUUCAGCUUAUGUAUUCAUGUAUCCAGAUGAAUUUGAAAAUUAAUCUAUCAAAGCUUUUCUGUUAAAAUAUGGGAGAAUCAAGAGAUUGCAAGAGUUGUAUACUAAUGUUCAUGUUGUUUGGUGUUAUAGAGGAAUGAAAAAAAAAGAGUUAAUUGAUGCCAUUGGUAUCUGA